CCCAAGCACUUUUGGGGUAGAAUUCACCGCUUCAACACUUUAAUUUGGGGAUUUCCUGCAGAAGAAUUUAUCUUAAAAACAUCAGUAAUGCAUAAAGUUUGUUCACGGCUGCACGGUCCGUCUCUCUUCGGGAAAACGGACCGGUGGAAUUCAGUUGAUGCGUAUGUGAAAUUCCACAACGGUGGCGGUGUGCUCUGCCAAAAAUCAGCUGUGAAACACCCACCACCUGUCCUGCCCCAGAUCCCCCCAUGUGACUUUAAACCUGAGCCGUAUCAGGGCAUGUCUAAAGACCGUUUACUAGACAUAAGGAAACACAACUGCAACCCCAUGACUUUUAAGGUAACCUAUUACAAGAAGCCAGUCUUCAUAAACCAGGGUUACAUGCAGUGGCUGUGGGACGUGGAUGGAAGACGCUAUCUGGAUUUGUUUGCGGGGGUCGUCACUGUCAGCGUAGGACAUUGCAACCCGAAAGUGACAGAGGCGGCUGAGAAACAGCUAAGGCGUCUAUGGCACACGACAGCCAUCUACGUGUACCCGCAAAUGCAGGAGUAUGCAGAGAAACUAGCCUCCCUUUUCCCAGACCCGCUAAAGGUUGUCUAUUUUACCAACAGUGGCUCGGAGGCUAAUGACCUCGCAGUACUUAUGGCCCGGCUUCACACGGGAAACUUUGAUGUCAUCACACUGAGGGGUUCUUAUCAUGGCGGCAGUCCACAAGCGACGGGCCUGACAUCCAACGCAGAUUAUAAAUAUCCCAUCCCGUCUUCUAUGGGCUGCCAUAAUACCAUGUGUCCGGAUGUGUUCAGAGGCCUCUGGGGAGGAAGCCACUGUAGAGACUCCCCAGUUCAAACCAUCCGAGAGUGCAGCUGCUCCCCAGGUCACUGUCAAGCCAAUGAUAUGUACAUUAAGGAGCUCAAAGAGAUGUUCGCCACAACCGUUCCCAAUCGUAUUGCUGCUUUCUUUGCGGAACCCAUCCAGGGGGUCGGUGGGGCGGUUCAGUUCCCGAAAAACUACCUGAAAGACACCUACCGGCUUGUUCGGGAGAAAGGAGGAAUCUGUAUAGCGGAUGAGGUCCAGACUGGCUUUGGUCGCACAGGGAGCCACUUUUGGGGUUUCCAAGGACAUAAUGUCCUUCCAGACAUGGUUACCAUGGCAAAGGGCAUAGCGAACGGCUUCCCGAUGGGGGCUGUAGUGACCACAGCAGAAAUUGCCAGGUCAUUUGGGAAGGGAGUUCAUUUCAACACAUUUGGAGGAAACCCGUUAGCCUGUGCAGUCGCCUCGUCAGUGCUAGAUACGAUAAAAGAGGACAGGGUGCAGGAGAACAGUGCUGAAGUGGGGACGUACCUGCUUACUGAAUUGGCCAAACUAAGGGACAAGUAUGAGAUCAUCGGUGACGUGAGAGGAAAAGGUCUUCAGAUUGGGGUGGAGAUGGUCAAAGACAAGGCCAGCAGGGACCCGCUUCCUCCCGAGGCCAUAGCUGAGAUCUUCGAGGACACUAAAGACAUGGGCGUACUGAUUGGAAAAGGGGGACUGUAUGGACAGACGUUCAGGAUCAAGCCUCCUAUGUGCAUAACUAAAGAUGACGCAGACUUUUUCCUCGCCGUGUUUAACCAGGCGGUGCAAAACUACAUGGAGAGAAGAUAAGACUUGCAGAACAUGAAGAUACAUUGGCUCAUAUUUCAUCUAGAUAACUAUACAUUACGCAACAGGUCCGGGCAGUUCAUCGAAAGACUGCCGAAGGCAAAUAACACAAUUCCAUACUCGUGUUGCUUAAUAUAUGAGAGUGAUAUGUCAAGAGUGGUUCUCAUUAGACUCCCUCUUGCUUCAGUAAUUGAGUACACUUUACUUCAGAAAUCUAGCACCUCUAAGUAUAAGCACUUGAGAUUCUUAUUACCUGACCUUCUAAGACCAGAUCUUUUAGGAAAUGGGGCUAGUUUUACUCUCAAAUCAUUUAGACUUAAACACUUUAAUUAAAAGAGGUGUUGUAGAAAAACAUGAAUAAUGCUAGUCAUGUUACCGUCACGUAAUAAAGUAUACUAAUUCAAGAAUUAGUAAAGUAAAACAAAAUUACUUUUAAAAUUAUUUUAGUAUCUUCUAUCAAUACAGGACGAUAUACUUGCUAUAACAGGUUUGUGUUGUUUUACAGGUACGGCUACGUGAUGCCAAAUGAUAUACUAUAAAAACAGUACUUGACAGAUUCCCUCGUGCAAGAAACAAACAAAAAAACAAAUCCAACCAUCUUUUCAAUUAGGUUAUUGCCUUCAGUGCUGAAAAAUAUAACGACUAAAGCAAAUUUUUAGUAUUUAUAAUUACAUUAUCAAAGGAUUUCGACAAAUAUCCUUGGUUUUUAAGUAAAACAACACUGUUAUAAAUACAUAAAACCUGUUUGGAAAGUCUUUAAAUUCAAACCCGACCCAGUUCAAAUGACAUUCAUAGUUUAAACGAUUAAGGCAAGCAAUGUCACUUUUAUAAUAAAUCUGUUGUCCCUUAAAACAGUAUGUGAAGAUGAUAUAUGGAUAUUUUGUCCUGUAAAGAAAGCAACUGUAUAUUAAAUAAGCAUCCGUUGUUCGUCCUGGUCCUUUUUGAGAUUUUUUCUUGGAAAUCCUAUGGUAUUUGUUUUGCAUAACACUAAGCCUUUUUAUACCGCAGCUGACCCAAUACACGUGGUAUAAUACAAAUAUCUGAAUGUUUAGCUUUUAACCUUUUGAAUCCUAAUCCCAUUGGUCUUAUUACUAAAAAUAACACUGUUGUGAAAUUUUGCGGUUCAUAUGAACACUUCAAUGUUACAAAACAUUUCCAAUAAAAAGAAAUCUCUGUGAAA